AUGUCUACAUCAAAAGAGAAGCUCGAGACAGGACGCGGUGCACGGGAUGCUCGGCGAAAGUCAAACAUCUCUGCACCUGCUACUGCGCGAGUAAUCUUUACCCUUCCCGGGGAAAUUCCUGAUGAAGAGGUCCCAACAGCUGUUAGACAAAAUACCAUUUUGUCUAACUCAGCUGAGUUCGUGACCCGCAGCGGUGUACACGAUGUUCGCCGGAGGUCAAACAUCGCUACACCUGCAGCCGGUCACGUAAGGUUGACCAUUCCAGGAGAGGUUGAUGAUGAGGAGUGGAGCCCAGAAGCUGUAAGACAGAAUACCAUCCUGUCUUCUCCAGCUCGUGGGCUUGUGACUGGCAGCGGUGUACGCGAUUCUCAGCGUAGCUUGAACAUCUCUACACCUGCAGCCAGUCAAGAGAGCAACACCCUUCAAUGGGUGGAUGAGGAUGAUGAUGAUGAGGAGUGGAGCCCAGAAGUUGUAAGACAGAAUACCAUCCUGUCUACGACAGCUCAUGGGCUCGUGACCAGCAGCGGUGCACGUGAUGUUCAGCGGAGGUUGAACAUCUCUACACCUGCUGCUAGUCAAGAGAGCAUCGCCCCUCAAGGGGCGGAUGAGGAUGAGGAGAAGAGAGAAUCAGAAAAUCAAACAAACCAACGGAAGAAAAAGGGCAUCCGUGCUUUCUUCCAGAACAAAUUGCAAGCUAUAAAGCGUGCUUUUGGUAUUCGCCGAAAUGAGUUUCAACUGGAUCCAGCUGAUCCUCAGCCAGGCCUAUCCGGCCUGCAGGCAAGAACCCGUGAAGAUCAAGUUGAUCUGCAGAAAGGUCCAUCUGGACUCAAGCCAACGGGUUUUCAAGAACCAGCAAGGUGCCUGCAUGGUUCUUUUACCCUGGAGAAAACACUUCUUCAGGAAGAAGCUGAUCCCAAAAUUGGUCCGUUCGACCCGGAGCCGCGUGCUCAACGUGAUCAGACUUUUAGGCAAACAGGUGCAUUCGACCUGAAGCCACGUGCCCGUAAAGAUAAUUGGCAAUACAGUCCCAUCGGACUUGAGCCAGCGGGCCAUGAAGAGCCAGUCUAUUGCCAGCCUGGUUCAUUUUCUUUGGAGAAUACAGUUCUUCAAAAACUGGCUGAUCCUAAAAUGGGUCCUUUCGACCCGGUGCCACGUGCCCAACGAGAUCAGACCGAUAGGCGGACAGGUCCAUUCGACCUGAUGCCACGUGCCUGUUUAGAUCAUUGGCAACACAGUCCCAUCGGACUUGAGCCAGCAGGCCAUGAAGGGCCAGUCUAUUGCCAGACUGGCUCAGUUUCCUUGGAGAAAUUAGUUCUUCAAGAAGAGGCUGAUCCUGUAAAUGGUCCCUUCGACCCGAAGCCAAGUGCUCCACACGAUCAGUCUUAUAGUCAGCCAGAUCCAUCCGACCUGCAGUCAAGUGGUGAUCAAUGUGCCUACCCUUCAAGGGAAUCUAAAUAUUUAAAUAAAGAGGAAAAGGAGAAAGGAGAAGUUGACUAUGGUGUUUAUGGGGAGAAUCGCAAAUCCAGUGGCAGAAAGAGUACGACAAUGGAAGAUAAUCAUGAUGGAGAACGCAAAGAGAGAAAAGACAAGAAGAAGAAGAAGAAAGGAAAGCUCCGCCGUACUUUGAAAAAGAUCUUGGGUUGUAUUUUCCCUUGUGGUGACGACGCACAACUGUCUACUGCCCCCUCUACACCAAGGCCAGCCACUGUUGGAGGUUCGGCCAUGUUUGCAGUCAACACUUCCUCUGAUAGCAGUGAUGAUACGAUGACUGCAGAGCAGGAUAAAGCUAUUCUCAGAGAGAAUGUCGGCAUGCAGAUGCUAUCUGCUAUGGACUGGCUUGCACUUGAACAAUUCUAUUCGGACCUCUGCUCAUAUGAGCUGACUCAGCAUGAAAUACUGCAGUUGAUUCAGUGCAGUAUUGAGCGUCCAAAACAGCAAAGAGUUAAUGAUCAGGAUGAUCAUCAAAAAGAUGCCAAAGGGCAGCAAGUGAAGAUUAAGGACAUGGGUUUUCCGAACAUCGGGAACACAUGUUUCCUGAACUCCACCCUCCAGUGCCUCCUCAAUAUGUCGCCGAUCAUGCAGGACAUCAUCUCCCAGCAGAAACACUGGAAGAACGAGCCUGGAUCAGAAAUGUUCAAGGCUUUAUAUGACCUGCAUGACACCAGAAUGAAGAAGAUGAGCACCGACCAGAAAGCUCGGCUUCUGGCAACCAUCAAACGUUGCAUUGCCAGAAGGAAUUCACAUUUUAGUGGCGAUAAUGAGCAGGAUGCUCAUGAAUUCCUUAUGACCUGCUUGGAACAACUAAAUGAGGAGGCACAGAUGUGCCGGGAUUCCAUACAUGAUUUCCGUAACCCUGCAGCGCACAUGGAUUUUAAGAUCAUCCGGCUGCGCACAUGCAAGACCUGUGGGAAUCAAAAGCACUCUCUGGAGGAAUUAAACUGCCUGUCUUUGGCUAUUGGUCCUCAAGGAUCAUUAAUGGAGAGCCUCCAGCACUACUUUGCAGCAUCUUCAUUUGAAUGCCGCUGUAGUGAGUGUGGAGGUGAUCAAGCCUUGGAAACUGUGCAAGUUCAGACCCUACCAAAGGUUUUGGUUCUUCUUGUUACAAGGUUUGACAUGUACACCCUCGAAAAAAUCAAGGGGUGUCUGGCUGUUCCUGAGGAGCUCAGUCUGUCCGGCUUCACAGUGGCAGACUGCAAUGGGCAACGCAGCCUAUAAGCUCACUGGUGUUGUCUCUCAUUUGGGGUCAAGUUUGCAGUGUGGUCACUACAUCAGCAACAUUCGUGACCCUUCUGGAGCUGGCUGGAUUAAGUGUGACGAUUCAACUGUAAAAUCCAUCAGCUGGCCAAGAGCAUCCCACACCAUAGAAAAACACGGCUAUAUGUUUUUCUAUGUGAGGAGCUAAAGCAGUGUCAGCUGAAGGAUCCUACCUUAGAUCCUCACGUGCAGAAUGUUUUAUUAUUGUGUUUUUUAGUUUAUUUUUAAUCAUUUGUUAUCUAUAUAA